AUGAAACACGAAGCUGACGCUGCGACAGAAGAACGGAAAAGUCAACAGAGGAGGGAGGCUGGAGGUGAAAACCCAAGCAGGACCUGCAAGCUGCCAGCAGGGGGAGUAGUUCUGCUGGUUCUGGUCGGUCUGCUGGCUGCUGCUCUCAUCGUCAUCUACAGACUCUCUUUUGAUAAAAUACAAACCAAUCAAACCAUCCAAACCCUGAAAGAGGAAAAUGAAGCUCUGAGGAAAAAUAUCUCAGAUCUGACAUGUCUGAAGUGUGAAGAAGGCUGGGAGCCACAUGGAGGAAACUGUUAUUAUUUUAACACCAAUAAAUCCUCCUGGAAUGACAGCAGAAGUUCCUGCGUUGAUCGUGGAUCAGACCUGGUGAAGAUCGACAGCAGAGAGGAGCAGACGUUCCUGGAUGGCAGACUGAAAGACUUGAUGGAGAAAGAUGAGGACAAGUUCUGGAUCGGACUUAGGGACUUAGUGGAAGAAGGAAAAUGGUUCUGGGUGGACGGAUCUCCUCAGGAUGAAAGAGCAGCAGACAUGUCCGGACGUGUCCGACGUGUCCGACGUGUCCGGACGUGUCCGACGUGUCCGACGUGUCCGGACGUGUCCGACGUGUCCGACGUGUCCGACGUGUCCGACGUGUCCGACUCAUUUCUGUCCUCUAAUGCUUAA